ACUUUGGGUGACAAAUCAAGAGAAGCAAAAAAAAGCAGGCAGAGAAAUGUUCAGGGUUUGCCAGAGUUUUCUGCUGGACUGGAAUUACUGAGCAGGUACGAAGAUGCUUGGGCUGCCCUUCACAAAGGAGCCAAGGAUUGUGCAAAAGCUGGAGAGCUGGUGGAUAGUGAAGUUGUGAUGCUUUCUGCACACUGGGAGAAGAAAAGGAACAGUCUGGUGGAACUACAGGGUCAACUCCAACAAAUACCUGGAUUUUUAGCAGAUCUGGAAUGCCUCACAGCAAGCUUAGCCCAGCUAGAGGCAAACUUUGAGGAAAUGGAGAAUCAUCUAUUGUGUCUUGAGGACCUAUGUGAACAGUAUGAGUUGGAAAGAUACAAAUGUAUGCAGACAUUACAGCUGGAAAACUACAAGAAAACAAAAAGGAAGGAACUUGAGACCUUCAAAGCUGAGCUAGAUGCUGAACAUGCACAGAAGGUUUUGGAUAUGGAGCACACCCAGCAGAUGAAGCUAAAGGAACGUCAGAAGUUCUUUGAAGAAGCCUUCCAGCAGGACAUGGAGCAAUACCUUUCUACAGGAUACUUGCAGAUAACAGAGAGGCGAGAACCUAUUGGCAGUAUGUCUUCCAUGGAGGUGAACGUGGACAUGCUGGAACAGAUGGACCUCAUGGACAUGUCUGACCAAGAGGCACUUGAUGUCUUCUUAAACUCAGGAGGCGAAGACAAUAAUAUGCUUUCUCCCAUGCUGGGGCCCGACUCCAGCACCUACGUCAGUGAGAUAAGUCUUCAGGUUCCAAGCCAGUCUGAGUUACGGCAGAAACUGUCUUCCCUGUCCUCGACCUGCACCGACUCUGCCAGCCAAGAUGCAAGUGAAGGAGAGUCUCCAGUUGUUCAGUCUGACGAGGAGGAAGUUCAAGUGGACACUGCUCUUGCUGCUGUAGCUGAAAGAAAGGGCGCGUCAGAUGUUAGUGAUGAAAGUGACUCUCAAACUAUUUGA